UGGUGCUUUACACAAGAUAAGAUAAGAAUGUAAAAAUGAGCAUAGUUUCCAUUGGAUUGUCCUCAGAGUAUGAUUUAAAUCAUCACUGGAACAAAAUGUAUAAAACUGCAGGUCUACUUUACGUUUUACUAGCUGCUGUAUCUGCGAAUUAUGAAGGUUAUAAAGUGUACAGCGUAAAGCCAGCGAAUGACACUCAAAUUAAAAUGCUGGGAAUUCUCGAAAAUACGGAGAAAUUAGAUUUUUGGUCAAGGUUGGGAUACCGAAGUAAGACUGUCGAUAUUAUGGCGGCCCCAACAGAGCAGAAAGAGCUCACUGCAUACUUAAAGAACAACAACAUACAGUACGAAGUUCUUAUCGAUAACGUUGAAACAGUCGUGCAACAGGAACACAUUGAACAAAGUCUGUCCUCUCGAAUAUUCCGUGGUAAAAUUAGCUUUUCAAAGUACAACUCUCAUAGUGACAUUAACGGGUACCUAUACCAACUAGCGCUCAAUUACCCAAAGCUGGUAAAACUACAAGACAUUGGGAGAAGCUACGAAAAAAGAAAUAUGGUCGUAAUUCAGAUCUCGUUAACUCCCUCCGCGAAUAAUCCCAUCAUAUUUAUUGACGCAGGUAUUCACGCUCGUGAAUGGAUAUCCAUUGCUCAAGCACUUUACAUCAUAUACGAGCUCGUCGAGAAUCCCGCAAACAAAGAUCUACUGGCCGAUGUGGAUUGGCAUAUUCUUCCUGUUGUGAAUCCAGAUGGAUACGAGUAUUCCCAAAAGACUGGAAACAGACUGUGGCGAAAGACACGGUCUCCACAGGAUACCUGCGUCGGAACCGAUGGUAAUCGCAACUUUGACCAUUAUUGGGGAUUAAAUGGGGCAAGCAGCAACCCUUGCGCCAGUAAUUACAAAGGUCCGAAACCUUUCUCCGAAGUAGAAACACAAAAUCUUCGCGAUUACCUUUUGAAAAUUAAGAAUAACGCUAAAUUAUACCUUACAUUCCACAGCUACGGAAAAUACAUUUUAUUCCCGUGGGGUUACACCUCCGAGCUACCCCAUGACGAAUUUGAGCUUCGCACACUCGGAAAAGAAGUAAGCGAUGCCAUUGUCAAAGCCGGCGGUCCUGCUUACACAGUCGGUACCUCCACAAACGUACUUUAUGGGGCUGCCGGCGGCAGCGAUGAUUGGGUAAAGGGGGUCGCAGGAAUCGAACUUGCUUAUACGAUCGAACUUCCCGGCGGAGGAAGGAUUGGUUUUGAUUUACCUGGAGACGCCAUUCUGGAUGUGGUCAAUCAAACUUUCGCCGGUGUAGUUGUUUAUGGCAAAUAUGUGUCGGUGAAAUAUCAAAAUGUGUGGAGGUUCCCACAAAAUUAAAGCGUUUUAUUAUCUGAA